ACUAAAUCCCUGACUGUUGACAAAGCAGAAUAAAGUUAUACUAUUUUUGAAGCUUUUAUGAAAUGAAUCUGUGUUAAGCCAAAAUCUGAGUCCCGUUAUAAUUUAUUAAAGUGAAAUUCUCAGGAUAACACUGUGGUAGAUGUCAGUUUAUGCUCCUAUUCCUGAGACUGUUUUCCCAGUGCAGCAGACAUUUAGUCAGAAAUAUCUGUUUUUCUUCCAGCAAACAGACCGAGCCUCAGUGACGUUACAUGACUCACAACAAGGAAGAAGAAAGAUGUUGAAUUUAGAGAUAUUGAUGCAACACAAUUUGUUCAGGCCUCAGGAUCAGUGUGGAGUCGAGGGGGUGAGUAGGGACAGUUGAAAAGAUGUACUGCUAGGGGUUUGAGCUUGCAGUUUGUUGCAUUGUUCAUGCCAGCCUCUAUCUAUUGCUCUAUCCAUUCCGUAUUUGGAAUAUCAUAAAGAAACGUUUACAACUUUCUGUUGACCUAUUUUAGAGUUAGAUUAAGAGUAGUGCUCAGAAUAUGUGUCCUUUAUGACACAGGAAGGAGAUUUCUGCUUUUUGAGUCACUUCAAAGUAUGAUGAUGUGCUAUGUCUGGGGUAGAGUUGAAGCUAUUAGUUGAUAGAAAAUGAAUGGGCCACUAUUUUGUUUUUUAAGCACAAACAUUCACUAAAUAGUGGGGAUUUGCUGGUUAUUUUGCCUUAUGUGACAGUAAACUGACUCUUUGGGUUUUGGACUGUUUAUCAGACAUCACCUUGGGCUUUAGGAAAUUGUGAUUGUGAGAAAUUGUGAUUUUUCAGUAUUUUCUGACAUUUAAUAGACCAAACUGUCCAUUAAUGAGGGAAAUAAUCUACAGGGGGUGUCUAACGAAGACUUGAUGAGUUGCAUUAUGGGAAAUGAAUGAUCCACUACUUUUCGAGCUUGACAGAUCCAGCUCAGGAUGUCUUGGCCUCCAUUACUUCAAUUUACAGUCUCUUGAGAGUCCCUAAACUUCAUGGAAGUGUAGGCCUAAUAGCCUACUAAAUAGUCGAAGUGUCCUUUAAGUCAUCGCACCUCUACACAGUAGUAACUGAAACAUUAUUUUUAUUUACCUUGCAGACAUUAUGGAUUUGUGUUUUUAGGUCACUUUCUAAUUGGUCAAAGCACGAACCCCCGCUCCGCAUAUGUUUAACGUUUUUAGCUCAGCCCACUUUCUUGGUGUCCGAAACUGUUUUGCUCUGCUUGCUUGCUGCCUCCCUCACUCCUCGUCACCCCCCCUCACCCCUGAGUGCAGUGCGCCACAGUGAGUUCAGCCCCAUUCGGCUGGAGGCUCGGGUUUAUCUGGAACCUGAGGAGGCCACUCAGGAGCUGUGCGCCGUGUGGUAAAGGAAGGCUGCGUUGCGGACGCUGGGGGGGAGUGAGAGAGGACCGGGAACCGGGGAUUUGACCUUUUCUGCAAAAACUCUGGUUUGUGAGGGCGAGCGAAGGAGCCAUGGCGGUGUUCUCUGUGCUUUGGGUGCUCUUACUGUGCCAGCUUUUGACAUCAUCCUCAGCCCAGAGGCCAGGCCCCAGAGGAGCUUCUGGGCCACCAGGACCCUUAGGCGCACCGGGAAAGGAUGGCACUGAUGGCAAACCUGGACCUGCUGGGCUGCCAGGGAAAUCCGGUCCCAAAGGGAAACCAGGGAUACCAGGGACAACAGGAAAACCAGGCCUGCCAGGACUUCCAGGAGUGGACGGUUUGACAGGUCCUGAUGGUCCUGCUGGGAAAGAUGGACCCCCAGGGGAAGCAGGUGACCCUGGACCUUCUGGGCCACCUGGACCUCCUGGCAGAGGGAGACCAGGAGCUGCAGGACUACCUGGAACCAAUGGGUUGCCAGGCGGAGUCGGACCCCAGGGUCCAGCGGGUUUGGAGGGUCUUCCAGGACUUCCUGGACCUUCUGGCCCUGAUGGACCACCAGGACUUCCCGGUACUCUUCAUGAUCUUAGCGGUGACCUUCUGUGUCCCGCCAUCUGCCCCCCUGGUCCCUCUGGUGCUUCUGGGAUGCCAGGAUUCAAGGGUCACACAGGCCAUAAAGGAGACAAGGGAGAGCUUGGCAAAAAUGGAGAGAAGGGUGACAGUGGUCUACCUGGCCCACCAGGUAUUCCUGGGACUGUGGGUCUGCAGGGCCCGCGUGGUCUCAGAGGUUUACAAGGCCCAAUGGGAGCUGUAGGAGACAGAGGCCUGCCUGGUUUCAGAGGCAAACCUGGCAUCGCCGGCAUCAUUGGAAAGACAGGUGACGCCGGAGAAAAGGGACCACAGGGUUUCAGAGGACCAAAAGGAGAAAUUGGUAAAAUUGGUCCCAAAGGAGGUCCUGGAGGAGCCGGACCCAAAGGGGAGCCUGGUAUUCCUGGCAGAGAUGGCAAAGAUGGUACACCAGGGUUAGAUGGCGAGAAGGGUGAUGCUGGACGCCAUGGGGUAGUUGGAGAGAAAGGACCAAAUGGACUUCCUGGUCUACAAGGAAAGGCUGGUGCAAAGGGGUCCAAAGGAGGAGUUGGUGAUCCCGGGAAGGAGGGUGAGACAGGACCUUCUGGAGAGCCAGGUAUUCCUGGUGACAUCGGCAUCCCAGGAGAGAGGGGGAUAGCAGGACCCAGAGGAGUGGCAGGAGGUAUUGGACCAGUGGGCAACCCUGGGCCUCAGGGAGUGAAAGGCUUCCAGGGGGUAAAUGGAGCCUUGGGGGAUCCAGGUCUUCCAGGUCCAACAGGAAUCCGUGGAGAGUUUGGUGAAAGGGGUCCAGUUGGAGCAUCUGGAGCUAAAGGAGACAUGGGUGUGGCAGGAAGUGAUGGUUUACCAGGAGAGAAUGGCGAACCUGGUCCUUUUGGCCCAGUUGGACAAAAAGGAGAGGCUGGAAAGUGGGGUGAACUGGGACCUAAAGGCGUGACAGGCCCACAAGGAGAGCUUGGGGCUAGAGGGCCUCCAGGAAAACAAGGAAUUAUGGGCUUCCAAGGGGAGCAGGGUCUGCCUGGAAUUGCAGGAAAGACAGGUGUACCCGGUAAACUGGCGAGUGAGCAGCACAUCAGAGAGCUGUGUGGCUCAAUGAUCGAUGACCAGAUUGCACAGCUGGCGGCUAACCUUCGAAGACCCCUGGCCCCUGGAAUGGUGGGCCGCCCCGGCCCUGCAGGGCUUCCAGGAAAGCCUGGAGUUGUUGGCUCUAUUGGGCAUCCAGGUUCCCGUGGACCACCAGGGUACAGAGGCCUGCCAGGAGAACUCGGAGACCCAGGUUCCAGAGGUGAUGUUGGUGAGCAAGGUGAUAAGGGAUCUAUUGGCAAAGCCAUUGACGGGCCCACUGGAGACCAAGGAUACCAAGGUCUUCCAGGGGCACCUGGAAUUGUUAAAGAUGGCCGUGAUGGAUCUCCAGGAGAUCCAGGUGAGCCUGGAGAGCCAGGCAGGGUAGGUAGGACUGGGCACCAGGGAACUCCUGGAAUCUGUGAUACGUCAGCCUGCCAGGGAGCAUCGGUCACUGGAAAAUCCUCCAACCCCAAAAACCAUUAAACAUGACUUCCUGUAACCUGAAGCCAUCCACCCCAAUGUGGAAGGGUGAUAAGUGAGGGAAGGAAGGAAUGAAAGAAGAAAGUGAUCACAAAAAAAAAUGUCCUCUUUAUUUAAAUACAUGUAUCACAAGAUGGCAAGAGUAACAUCAAACAGAUGUGAUAUUUUGAGAGGAAUAGAGGAACAUCCCAGGAGUGACAUGAAUACCAGAGCAACUGAAGAUGACGUUCAGAAAAUAAAGUGGACAGAGGCACGGAAGAGUCCAAGAGAACAACUGCAUUGCUCCAAAUACUACAGUAUAACAAGACUUGACUUGCAAACAACUGGAAAAUGAUUGAGGAGUCCUUUUGUGUAUAAAACUUUGUACAUGUUGUUUCCAUGCCACCGUUACCUUGGUUAACAUCCUUCUGACAGAUGACACUAAAAACAACAGUGAUUGACUGAAGUGAAUGUGCAUGUAUCAUGGCCCAUUAACAGGUGUCACAGGUGUUACCUCAACAUACAAGCUUACAGUGUAAAAUAUGGAAAUAGGUGACAGAGUUAAAAAGCCUCUGUCAAGGAGCUGUGUAUGUAUUAUAAAAGGAAUAAAAAACACAAAUACCCAGGUGCCCUAAAAUGUGUAGAUUAAUGCAAAAACCUUUAACUUUUGAUAGUGUUUUUUUUUUUUUUUUUUACAGCAUCUUUGUUUGUUUUUUUAAAUUGCAUGUAAAGUUGAUUCUCUGUAUUUGAGAAUCAAAAACAAAAUGAAACUUGUGGAUGCAUAAAUCAGACAUUGUAAAAUAAAUUUCUAAAUCUUAGAAGCAAAGUAAUUUUUUUCUUCUUUUGUUUUUUAAAAAUCUACAAUGACCACAUCCACUAUGUACUACCAGUGCUUAAAUACUAUUUAUUAUUUGUGGGUGACUGUUGUAUGUACAGUAAGAUGCUACAGCGACAUGUUGUAAGAAAGAACAAAUAAAGCCACUUUUCAGUAAAACAUUACUCUUCUCUACAU